AUGCGAUCUAGAACACUACACCGGCAGUGCCAAAACUUUCAGGAUUAUUUGUCCUCUAUGCCCAACACAUUCAGUUGGAAACAGACCGAGCUUCAAUCAAUGAUCGCGGACGAGAGUUACUCUUGUUCGGAUGACGCAAUGGAAGCGGAUGAUCGCGACGAUGAUCCCGAAUUACUUCAUUCCACGGGGAGUUACGAUUACCAGCAACAAAUUUUGUUUUAUUCAAAUUUUGACUCGGUAACGGGCCGUUCAUUACAACGUCCAAAGACGCGUCGCCGACGAUGGACUCAAAGAGAUAUGACAAACGCAUACAAUGCCGUCAAGUAUCAAGGCAUGUCAUUACGCGGUGCAGCUACUGCCUUCAACGUACCGGAAUCUACCCUUCGUGAUCGUGUUCACGGUCGGGUCAGCCUUGAGUGUUCGAGGCCUGGUCCUCCGACUUUCUUCACUUAUGAGGAGGAGAAGAAAAUGGUGGAUCACAUUUUGUUUAUGAGCAAAAUUGGCUAUCCCUACACGAGAAAUCAGGUUGUCGAACUAGCCGGCGAUAUGACGAAAGCUGUCGGCCGGAUCGCGCCUUUCAAAUAUCUUAACCCGAGCCAAGCUUGGUUCUACGCAUUUCUCAAUCGUUGGCCUGAUCUCAAGAAUUUCCUAUUCGGUCCCCGCAGUAACCGCAAGUCCAAAGGUGUAUCGGGUGAUUCAAUUCAGGCCUACUUUGAGCAGCUGGAGAAGGUACGAUACACUACUUAA